GACAAGCCACGUUAGUGACGGAUUCUACGAUGGUCGCAUUCCAAGAAACCAGAACCUUUCAUGUCAAAUCAGGCCAAACCAUCUUGAUUCGAUCCAAAGAAGGAGACGAAGAUUAUCGAUUCAUGCCCGAACCGGAUUUACCGCCAAUCGUACUGGACGAAAAGGUCUUGGGCGGACACAAUUCCGUGUUAGAUUAUUUGGCCGAGUAUCUCCCCGAAUUGCCGGAUGCAGCCAGAGAAAGACUCGCACAAGAGUAUCAAUUGGAUGAGUACACGGCCCGUGUCAUUGCCGGGGAUCCUCCGGCCAUUCGAAUCUGCGAUCAAGCCGUGGCCACGGCACAAACGGCACUACUGCCCGACGACAAUAGUAGUAGCAGAGAAAUUGCGCAAACCGUGGCCAAGUUCUUGUGCAACGAUUUGUUUGCACUGAUACGAGACGAGGAAGGACGUCGUCGGGCAUACGAAGGAGCUGUGGCGGAUAAUAAUGGCGAGUAUUCCAACAUUACUGGUCCCCAGUUGGGGGAAAUUGUUGUCCUGUUGCUCAAUGGUACCAUUUCCACGACCAUGGCCAAAAAGUUGCUCGCUUUGUUGUAUCAAGAGGAACUGGGCCAGAGUCCAUCGGAAGUGGCAAAACGACAUGGCCUGCAACUGAUAUCGGACCACCAGACAUUAGAACGAUUGUGUCACGAGACACUGGAACAAAAUCCGGAACAACUGGAGCAAUAUCGUAGAGGGGGCAAGCACGUCGCAAAGAUGAAAAAGUUCUUGGUGGGCAAGGCCAUGUCGCACAGUCGAGGCAAUGCCCAUCCCGAACGAUUGCACGAAGCCUUGGAGGUAGUCUUGGAAGAGGUUGCUCCGGGAGUGCAGUGAUAUAUGUACAAUGAUAUAAUGUACCGUAGAAUGAACAGAGUCAUUAAAUCAUGGCUGAAACAAAGCAGCCUUGUAGUCAUCCAUCC